AAGAAGUUUUGUUCAAGUCUUUGUUUCCUUGAGUAAUAAAACAUCACUUUAAUCUGUCAGAUCAAAGAUGCAGUGGAGUCUGUAUCUGCUUAUUCUGAUGGGUCAGGGUUGCCUCUUUACAUGCUGCCUGUAUGAGUACCACUUUAUUAAAGAAAACAAGAGCUGGUCUGAAGCACAGAGAUACUGCAGAGAGAAAUAUACAGACCUGGCCAAAGUGUUUGACAUGACAGACAUGAGCAGACUCCGUAACUCUGCACAGAAUCAAGGAGAAGCCUGGAUUGGACUGAACAACAACACAGGUGGAAACAGGACGUGGCAUUGGUCUCUGCCAGGAGUGAAAUACAUUCAUAAUGACAGCAGCUGGAAUCUGAAUGGAAGAUACGGUACUGAACCUGGGCCUGGAAACUGUGGGAGGAAAAGAGACAAGCUGGUAGAUGUUUCAUGUCACCAUCCUAUGUGGUUCAUCUGCUAUGAUGAAAAGAAGAAAGACAAUAAAACAUUGUAUUUGAUUGAGGAGAAGAAGAACUGGACACAGGCUCAGAGCUACUGCAGAUAUAAUCACACUGACUUGGCCAGUGGACUGAAUCAGGUAGAUGGAGAAGAAAUGAAGGCUCUGUUCAUUGGCCGUAACAUGAGUGUGUGGAUGGGUCUGUUCAGAGACAGCUGGAGGUGGUCAGAUGGGAGUGAUUUCUCUUUCAGAUACUGGGAUAUGGAGUUAUUCAAUGAUGAACAAAGCAACAAGACAUGUGCUAUGACUCUGUUAAACAGAUCAGGAAAAUGGAGCUCUGAUGAAUGUGGCAAAGAAAAACCCUUCUUCUGUUAUGAUGAUAAAUUGAUCCUGAUCAAAGAAAACAAAACCUGGAAGGAGGCCUUGGAUUACUGCAGAGAGUCUCACAGGGGACUGGUCUCCAUCACUAACCCUUACCAACAGAGAUGGGUGGAGGUGAGAGCCAAGAAUGCCUCGAGUCCUUUUGUCUGGCUCGGCCUGCGCUACUCCUGCACUCUGGAUCUGUGGUUCUGGGUCAAUGACAAGGUGGUCUGCUAUGAGAAGUGGAGCAGAGAGGGAAAGACUGAGGAGUGUGGCAGGGCUGUGGGCAUGCAGAGUGGAGGACAGUAUGAGUGGGUCAGUCAGAGGGACAAUGAGAAAUACAAUUUUUUAUGUUUUAAAUAAGACUUCAGAACUAUUUUAGAAUUUAGACACGAGGCAAAGUAAGAUUUAUCUCAUCUCCAUUUAUUACAGAUUUCAUUCUGGAGUGAAUUGGGAUUUUGUAGUUCUCUGCUGUGAGUCACUGGGGUGUUUUGGUGAUGGCAAAAUUUCAACUAAGAGUGAAAAAAAAAUCUAUAGCUGUAAACGACACAAUAUUGGUAAAAUUUGAUAUUCGCUAAGGUAAUUAUGGUUUCCUCAUGUUCUGCUUGACAUUCCGUUUCAGUGAUAUCAUAAUUGCUUUCUUCAUUAUUGCUGCAUUACUUCAUUAUUACACUUUUGUUGAUAGAUAAAAAAGUCUGUUUUAGUUUUUAUGUUUGUUGUUUAUUUUUUUCAUCUUGUAAUCUUUUUGUCUUUACGAACUUAUAAACUGGCCUUUGUGAUAAUAUCUCCAGUCUUUAAUGGUUAAUAAAUAUUAAAAGCUAAUGUGACGAACCAGAAUAUUUAUAUUGUAAACUUUCACAAAACCACUUAACUACUUUUUUCAUAAUGAUGUAUUAUUUAAAGUGACAUGCUGUAAACCGAUGACCUGUGUCUGUCACAGUCGACACUCCUUACAGUAGUUCUUGGUGCAUACAGGAAAUCCUUUAAAAUUCUCACCCAUUCGACCCUAAUGAGACAAAAUGUCACUUUCUCAAAAACUGCUUCAUGCACCU